ACUCACCAAAGAACAGUAAGAAAAAAUUACAACGAUGAACACCCAUGCUCCACUUCUCAUGUUCAUUGUUUUGUUAUUCGGAGCAAAAUCGAUUAAUGCUCAAGAAGUAGAGGAUGAAAGAGAGUUUGACUACUCGAAGAAAGGCGAAAAGGGUCCAAGAAAAUGGGGAGAAAUCAAGAAGGAAUGGGGUGCUUGCAACAAUGGCAGUUUCCAGUCUCCAAUAGACAUGUCGAACGAGAGGGUUGUCAUUUUCUCGAGGCCCGAAAAGAGGAAUUACAGACUUACCAAUGCAACUAUCAAGAAUAGAGGUCAUGAUAUCCAAAUUGAAUGGUUUGGCGAUGCUGGAUCGAUUUUUAUUAACAAUACAGAGUACCCCCUCAGGCAAGCCCAUUGGCACUCUCCUUCCGAGCACACUAUCAACGGUAGAAGGUAUGACAUGGAGUUACACUUGGUACACCUAAACACGGACCCGAAUGUGAAAAACAGGAUCACUGUUACUGGAAUACUCUACGAGAUUGGCAAACCCGAUAAAUUCCUCUCCAAGUUAAUGAAGAACAUAUCUUCGAUGAUUGAUAAGAAGGAUGAAGAAAUAACGGUCGGGAAGAUUGAUCCCGACAAAAUUAAAUUACGAAGCAAAAUGUUCUACAGAUACAUGGGAUCACUCACUGUUCCUCCUUGUACUCAAGGAGUUAUUUGGACCAUUAAUAAAAAGGUGAAGACUGUUUCAAGGGACCAAAUUAAGUUACUCAGAGAAGCUGUUCAUGAUUAUGCAGAGGAAAAUGCGAGGCCACUGCAACCGAAAAACAGACGAGAUGUAUACCUUUACCGCCCGGGCAAUGCGAAUAAUCGAUGAUGAAUAAAUAAUUUCGUAAACCUCACUCGUAAGUCAUAAUGAAAAAAGAGUAAAUAAUUCAUACUUAGCUUGAUACAAGAGAAUUAAAUGAAGAAUACAUGGAACACGAAAAUAAAUAAA